AAGCGCGCAGACAAAAACAUUACUAGCUAGCGACGUUUUUCCGUUGCAAUGUGAACUACUCUUUCUAGCUUCUUAUAGUAUAAAUAUCGUGAACGUAACAGAAGGGUAUUCAAGGACAGACGAACUCAGUAUGAACGAACCUGAAGGACUGCGAUUCAGGAGGCUAAACAGACCUCAAAUAAUAACAGACGAAACCCAUGAACCACAAUACAAAGGCACGAGCACUUACAGUGGAAAGGUAUUCCGAGUUACUUUGCUUACGCUGGGGGGAUUCCUGCUGCUCCCGCUCGUGGCUGGAGUUCAUCUGGAAUACUCGAUUGAACCUCUGCCAUUCAGUCUCAGUGAGUCCCCUCUUAUGACUGGGUGCUAUGAACCCAACCUGAAGCUAAGGGAGGCAGAGAGACUGUUUGAGGACCAGCUCAUAGGGCCAGAAUCCAUCACCAAUAUUGGAGACGUUUUAUAUACUGGGACUGCAGAUGGAAAGAUAGUAAAAAUUGACGGAAGGAAAAUGAAUGUUUUGGCAACUCUUGGCAAUCCCCCAUGUGGUUCUCGUGAGCAAGAGCAUGUUUGUGGACGGCCACUUGGAAUCAGAGUGGGCCCCAAUGGGACGUUGUUUGUUGCUGAUGCCUACUUGGGUCUGUUCGAGGUUAAUCCAGUCACAGGCCAGUCCACACUUCUGGUCAGCACCAGGAGGAUGGUCGGUGGUCGACGCUUGUCCUUCAUCAACGACCUGGAUGUGACUCAGGACGGAAAGAAGGUUUACUUCACUGACUCCAGUAGCAGAUGGAAGCGGAGGGACUUCCUGAACCUCAUCAUGGAGGCCACGUCUGAUGGCCGGGUUCUGGAGUAUGACACUGAGACCAAAGAGGUUACUGUGAUGAUGGAGAACCUGCGUUUCCCUAACGGAAUCCAACUCCUCCCUGAUGAAGAGUCUGUCCUUGUUGCUGAAACUGCAAUGGCAAGAAUAAGGAGGGUCCAUGUUGCUGGUCUCAAUAAAGGAGGCAUGGACACUUUCACUGACAAUCUCCCUGGUUUCCCUGACAACAUCCGGCGCAGCUCCUCUGGGGGUUAUUGGGUGGUGAUGUCUGUUGUGCGGCUAAACCCUGGUUUCUCCAUGCUCGACUUCCUGUCCCAAAGGCCCUGGAUAAAGAAACUCAUAUUCAAGCUCUUCAGCCAGGACAUGCUGUUGAAGUUCGUGCCGCGCUACAGCCUGGUGGUGGAGCUGCAGGAGGGUGGAGCGUGUGUACGGAGCUUCCACGACCCCCACGGCACCGUGGCCGCCUAUGUCAGCGAAGCGCACGAGCACAACGGCCACCUCUACCUGGGAUCCUUCCGCUCGCCGUACUUGUGCAAGCUGGACCUGAGCAAAGUUUGAAAUAAGCUCACCGCUCAGCCCAGCAAGGAGCCACAGAGUCAGGGAAGCAUUUGUUGGGGUUGCUUUACCUGUUUCAUUUCACAUUGCCUCCAGAAACAAAGCAGGCAACACUUGUGGCACAUUAACUGGACCGCACAGAAACGUCUGUCUUGAAGUGAACAACCUGAAUCCCUCAUGUCCAUUCCUGCAUUGGAUGACGUUCUUUUCUUGUUUUCGUUUUUCUUUUUCUUUCUUUCAGCUCUUACUUAUACUUUUAUUUUUCUAACCCACAUGAGUGUAAUGCUGCGUUUUCUCCCUUUUCAUGUGAUCCGAUGUAAGCAUGUCUAGAAAAUGCGCCAGGUUGCUGUAUUAAAGAAAGUGCCCCUGUUCCCACAUAAGAGGUGCACCAUGUCUUCACCUUGCACUGAGCUGUCAUCUAGCCCUUAAAAAUAGUCACCAUUUUUCUUACACAUGCUAUGACUGAAAUAUCAGCGCUAAAGAUUACUUGAGAAUUGUGUGACUUCAUGCAACACUGGAAUGUAGAUUGUGAAUGUGGGCACUUCCACAGAAUUCCCCUGUUCCAUUUCCGUUAGCAAUUCCUCCCUAUCUCUUUGGUCUACCCAGACUAGCUAAUAUAUUUUAUAUAUAAAGAUUAUUUAGUAACCUUUCAUUCUUUUUAGUGUGGGUUUCACUGACACCUGCAUCAGUGUUGGUGAGGAGUUUCUGAUCUUCCAUUCACAUAGACCAUCUUGGCUUUGAAAAUGGUACUGAUAAGUAGCAAUAAUUUCCUGCUGUAUGCUUAUGUCUGUGUGUGAAUAUAUGGUGUCAUGCACAUUUCAGGGCAAUUAUGUCCUGGCUUGUGGAAAACAAAUCUGUUCAUAUGAACACAUCUAAACCUUCCAUGCACCUGUCCUGUGGUGGCAGGGUAAGGGAUUAUGUAACUUAUCUGAACAGCUACUGGACCCAAAAGAAACCAAUAACAUGAUCAAUGAUCUGGUGUAGUGUUACCAGUCUUCCUCAGCACAUCACAAGCUCUUAUCCCCCAGAAUAAUAAUAAUAUUAUUAUUAUUAUUAUUAUUAUUAUUAACAGAUUGUCACAUGCAAGCCAAAUCUUCUGAACAUAGUCAAUUGUGUGUGAUGAUAGAAUGUUAACCAGUCUAUUACCAAUUAUCAAAAUCACUUUAAACUGUUCGUACCAGUUCGAUGUUUUAUUUUGUGGCAGCUCAUACUAUGCCAAUGCAGAUUCUUGUUGCUUGUAUUGUUGAAAGAAAAAAAAAACAUUCUGGUAAACAUGGGAUAUUACUUGUUUAAAGGAUUACAGAUGAAGAAUGUGGUUUUCAUUAUCUUCAACCAUGGAAUUGCCCACACCUCAAAAUUACAGUGGAAAGUCUGAAAGAUGGAGAGAAAAAAACUUUGCUAAAGAUAUGUCUAAUACUCAAUAUCUAAGAUGAAUGAAUGAACGCUUGGUUCAAUCAAAGAAUGCAUUACUGGAUAAAAUGUAAUAGCUGCAGUGAAUUUAUUUUUCCAGUGCUUUCUCUUGUCUGGGGUCUCAAACUGACAGGAUUGAACCUGUUUGACUGAACCAGGAUUGUCCACCUCACCUCACUCUUUACUGUCAUAGUUCUUUAAAAGUAAACACUAUACCUGUUG